AUGGAUGUCCAGCCUAAAUCGUUUUUCCCGGAUCGUCCCCAGUUUUCUGGGUUCAUGAAGCCCUGCCGAAUAGAGGGUAAAAUUCAGAAGCUGGAGGUAUAUGGUGAGAUUCCAAACGACAUUAAUGGAACUUUCUACAGAGUGAUGCCAGACCCUCAGCUGCCUCCAUUCAUAGAGAAUGACCCUUGGUUCAACGGAGAUGGCAAUAUCAGUGCCUUUGAGAUCAAAGAUGGGUCCGUCUCGUUUCGACAGCGCUACGUGAGAACGGAGAAAUUUGUUCGCGAGCGCGAAGCUCAGCGUGCAUUAAUCGGCAAAUAUCGAAACAAGUACACAGAUGCCGUGGAAUUCAAAGUUCGGAGCACAGCAAAUACAAAUGUCGUCCAUUUCAAUGGUCAACUGCUAGCGUUGAAAGAAGAUUCGCCUCCCUACGCCUUAGACCCCAUCUCCUUAGAGACGAAAGGUAUGACAUUUACAGCUCACCCCAAGUUCGAUCCGGUAACAGGCGAGAUGAUCUGUUUUGGAUACGAAGCCAAAGGGGAUGGAACACCUGAUGUCUGUUACUACAAUACUUCUCCGGAUGGCAAAUUCACCGAGGUGGUUUGGCUUGUUGCCCCAGUUGUUGCUAUGAUCCACGAUUUUGCUGUCACCGAUAAUUGGGUUCUCUUCCCCAUCAUUCCUCAGGUCUGCGAUAUCGGGAGGUUGAAACAAGGUGGUGAGCACUGGCAGUGGAGCCCUGAAACUCCAUUUUAUGUCGGUGUCCUUCCUCGACGAGGCGCAAAGCCGUCCGACGUGAAGUGGUUUCAAUACAAAAACUCUUUUCCGGGACAUACUGCUAAUGCAUAUGAAGAUGACUCCGGAGAUAUCCACGUCGAUCUCGGACUAAGUGAGAAAAAUGUGUUCUUUUGGUGGCCUGAUGCUGAGGGCAAUUCCCCGCAACCCAGUUCAAUUCUAUCCCAACUGGUCCGAUUCACGAUCAAUCCCCAGUCAGAUGAUCUUAAUCUCCCAACCCCCAAAAUUAUCCAAAAAGACAACUCGGAGUUCUACCGCAUUGAUGAUCGCUUUGCCACUCAUCAUUAUCGCCACUGUUUCUUCAAUCUGAUGGAUCCAAGCUUGGGCACUGAUUUCGCAGCAAUUGGACCAAAAUUGGGUGGCGGUUAUCCAGUUUAUAAUUCUCUAGCUCAUGUCGGUGUUACAACAGGCUCGACAGAGAUCUACUUCCCUGGCAAAACACACAUGGUACAAGAGCCGGUAUUCAUCCCUCGUGAAGGUUCAACCACGGAAGGCGAUGGCUACGUACUGGCGCUGGUCAACAACUAUGAUACUAUAUCGAGUGAGUUGCAUUUGGUGGAUACCAAUGAUUUUUCCAAGGCAAAGGCCAUCAUUAAGCUUCCGGUCCGUUUACGCCAGGGCCUGCAUGGAAAUUGGGUGGAUGCUCGGGACCUAAGACAAUGAGUUGCAUCUGACAUUCUGAACGCCUAAUGCGCUCGCUGGA